UCUUUGCUCUUGGCAACCAAGACGCUCAGCCUUGGUUACGGGCGCGUUUUGUCUAGAUAGACACCGGGUGCGUUCGUAAAUUCGUUAGUUAUUCUGCUCCCUGGCACACUCAGAGAGUGCUCUGAAUUCGUAGUAGAUAGCCAGAGUGAAUUUUCGAACGCACCCCUGAUCUCCUCAUAAAGUUUUCCAAUAUGUGACAUAUGGGGGCGCUGUUCAAUUACUUUUGAAGGCGUUGCUUUGUUGAGACUUUGUACUGUAACCUACAGCGCACUGUCAAUUUUCUCCCCAAAAUUGAUUUUUUUCGUCGUGGAGGAAUGAGAUUCUGAUUGACACAGGUAACUGUUUACAGCAACAUUUGAACUAGCGUCUUAUUUAGCCACCUAGCUAAAUAAGUGACUGACGCUAAGUAGCCCACUCUGGCACGGUUGUUUAAAUGAAAGCGGUUAUUCUCGCUGCGGGAUAUGGAACAAGGUUGCAGAGAGAUGUUGAUAACGACACGAGCGGAAGAUUCAAACAUCUGGCUGGCAUUGCCAAGCCACUGCUUCCUGUGGGGCACUGUGCCUUGAUAUCUCACUGGGUCCAAGCUUUGAAUACCACUGGAUGCGUGGACACCGUCUUUGUCAUUACCAAUGCCCUUCACCACAAAGCAUUUGAGGAGUGGGCCCUGGACUUCCCUAAUGUCAAAGUCCUAAGUGAUGGAACAAAGAGCAAUGAGGACCGUCUUGGUGCUGUCGCCUGUCUUCAGCUAACAGUCAAGCACUUCAAGAUCGAAGACCAUGUAAUAGUUAUUGGAGGAGACACUUUGUUCAAGGAAGAGUUCAGUCUCAUUAAAGUUAAAGAGAAUUUUUCUGACCUGCAAGCAAUGUGUGAAGACAGCAGUCUGGUUCUUUCCUACCAAUGUAAAGAUGCGGAGACACAGAAGUAUGGUAUUUUGGAAGUCGAUGAACACCUUCAGGUGCUCUGUAUGAAGGAGAAACCUCUUCCCUCGGAGACAAAAUCAAGGAGAGCAUGUCCAUGUUUCUACUUGUUUUCCAAGAAAAUCCUUCAUCUAUUGGAUUCCUUUCUUGAUGAAAAUAAGGAAGCACCAAUUGAAGAAAAGGACGCACCUGGGAACUUUUUGUCAUGGCUCAUUUCAAGAAAGCCUGUGUAUAUUCAUCAGAUUUCUGGCCGUUUUGAUGUGGGAAACCUGCCCUCCUAUGUUGAAUGUGACCGGUACUUCAGAGAAAAUCUUCAAGAUGUGAAGUCUUAUAUGAUGUAGUGUGCAUAGAGCCAUGUUUGAGAUUGGCAAUGUGAAAACUUUAUUUGUGCCUUAAAUAAACAUUCUGAAAAUAUUCAAAUGAUAUUA